CAAAAAUGUGUUCCGCGAUGAAAAAGAAAUUCAACCAAAAUAAUGGAACGUAGCAGUUCAUUGUAUGUGGCGUAUCCUCACUAACCUCAAAAACUUUUUUUUGGCUCAAAGGGCGAAGUGAGAGGAGAUCCAAAAAAUAAAUUCAAAACAAAUCAAAUAAUAUGCGGUGAUAACAGAAACCUUUCAAGUACUUAUUUCAGAAACGUGUUAUUUUUGGUUAAAAAAAAAUGUACCUCUCCAGAAAAUAUUUUAGAUACCCCCUAUUUAUAGUUUUCUUAUCCAUAUUUCGUCAAGCACAAGGUGUAGGCCAAGUGAUUUAUGCAGUCAAUGCUGGAGGUGAAGCCCAUACUGAUACCAAUGGAAUCAGAUACGAAAGGGACCCUUUAGCUGGUAAAAUUGGAAUAGCUUCAGAUUAUGGUAAAAGGCUGCUCAUUGGGAGAGUACCAGCAAAUGAUCAGAUUUUGUACCAGACUGAACGGUAUCACACAAGUACUUUUGGAUACGAUCUCUAUAUUCCUGGUGACGGAGACUAUGUUUUGGUACUUAAAUUUUGUGAAGUUUACUUUGAGUCCCCAGACCAAAAAGUUUUUGAUGUAGUACUUAAUGGAGAACACACUAUAGUAGCUGACUUAGAUAUAUUUGAAAAAGUCGAUAGAGGUGUUGCCCACGAUGAAUAUGUGCCUUUUGAAAUUCAUCAGGGAAAACUGUACACAAAUGGAGAAGAAUCUGAGAUUCAAGCAAAUACAGUUAAAGUGGAGUUUAUCAAAGGCUAUAAAGAUAACCCUAAAAUCAAUGCCUUUUAUUUAAUGAAAGGCACUAUAGAUGAUGUGCCAAAGCUGCCACCUUCAGUUAGUCAAGAUGUGAAAAAUCCGGACCUGCCUAAGCUGGACUUAGAAGACUUAGAAGAAGAAGAAAUUUCUCAAACUAGACCACGUAGCCUACCAACUAUUCCAGAUGCCUAUGAGCCAGAAGAAGAAUCUUCUAUAAUGUUACCAGUAUUUAUUGUUAUAGGGGCGUUCAUUCCCAUAUUAUUCUUUUUGUGUAGAUUGUGAUGCAAUGAAAAAGUUUUGUUCAUAUGUUAGGGCAACAUAAGUGUGAUAACUAUUUUGUUUUGGACUGAUAAAUCUACCCACUCUAAGUUGAAACCAUAUUAACAAAAGAAAAUAAGUUUGUGAUUAUUUACAACUGAAAAUCACAGGGUAAAAAAUUUGGCAAAGAAAUUUUUAAACUAGGUACUUAAGUAUCAUGAAAGAAAUUGUUUUGUUUACAAUUUAUGUAUUUUUUGUUAUUGGUGUUGGGUGUUGGUUAUUUUUUUCAAAAUUGAGUGUAGUUUAAACAUCCUCCAUUUAGUUUUUAAGGUUUUUUUUGUGUAUUUUAUUUAUUAUUUUUAUUUGAAGGUUAGUGAAAGGAAUAUUAGUUUGAAGAAAUGUUCAAGCUCUUGACUUUAAAUUCUGCGAUCAUGUCCUUUGUCUUAGCACUCAGAAAAUGUCUGGCCCACUAGUCUCGUAUUUAUUUGUCAAAUUUUUAGUCAUAACUUUGUUUCUCGAGGAAUUUUAUAGUUGUUGAAUGAUGAGAUCUCAUGAGUUCCCUAAAUUUGAGAUUCAGCUAGAACUACUUCAUGACCAGUGAUACAGAGCUCAACGCUCGCCCUAUCUUACGUGAAAGGCAGGAGCGAGAAGCCGAUUGACAAGAAGUAUCUGAAAUAACAUCAGAAAUAAAUUCUCAAGAGGCAUGCAAACCCCCAUCAUCAAAUCAAGCCUAUUGUUGCUAUCACCGAAACUGUUAUGACCAAUGUUCAGUACUUGUAGAAUAUUUUAAUUUUUAAGUUUUGUUAGGUACUUGACUGAAAAAAAGUGCUGUUUGUGGAGUUCUUCCCUUGUACAGAUCCCAACGCCUAAGUUCCCACACAGCAUUCUAUGAUCCUAUAAAUUUAAACUGGAUAAUUGACUAUGUCUCCUGAAUCAGGGUACCUGGACCAAAACACUUAGGUAUCCCAGCCCUGGUACUAUUUGUCUUACUCCAAGUGGUCUAAGAGUCUUAUGCUGGAAGACCCCAUGGGAGUGUUGGAGCCUGCAAGGGCUAUCUCUUCGACAAAUAUUUAAAUGUGGAUAGUGUUAAUUCUGCCACCAACAUUAAUUGAAAUAUUGCAUUAGUAUAGCACUAUAAUAGGCCCUUAAGUGGCAUUGAUAUUUUCAAUAAAUAAAAAUUAUUUUAGAAAGUAGAUAUUUUAAGCUAAAAUAGGUAUUUGUUUCAAGAAUUUGUUUUGGAAUAGGAGAAGAAAAAGUUGGAAACAUUUUUUUUUUUUUUUGUGAAUGACCUAGUUGGUUCUGGGAUUCUGGUGGCGUUAAUAUAAAAAUUUCAGAACAAAUAAAAAGCGUACUGCGUACUGGAAUGUAUAGGUACAUUUUGAAGCUAUAUAUUUUUUUUUCCAACAUGUUUGGAAAUAGGAGAAAAAAAAGUGCUAAAGUUGAGGAUUUUUUUUUAAUUGUAAAUGAUUGGUUUUGGCAUUAUUGUAGUAUAAUAUAUAAUAUUUUGGGAAAAAUAAAAAGUGAUUCUCGAGUU